GGCACAACUGGUGAGCUGGUGGUUCCAGCGGGACGACGUACCGCCAGCAGUGUGAGCAACUUCAGAGCUAAUAGCGAUCCCGUCGAGGCUAGUUGUGCUGACUGGCUCUAGUGCACGCUACACGUACCAACAGUUGCCCCCAGCGUGUUGUUCCUGGGUUUGGUAAACUAUUUCCCUACACCAUUCGGUUCGGGUCUUCAGUUUGAAAGAUGACGACAUUGCCGAGCGCAGGAUUAUGGUCGACAGCCGCCAGCAUCUAACUCAACACUCAACAGUAUUCAACGGGUUCAACCAUUCAAGCAUUAGCACCGCUAGGACCGUGAUAGAUGGGAAACAGUGCUUUAGCAGCUGCUUCUGCUCAUCAAUCAGACAAACGAAAGCUUCAUAGCCUGUUAUGUGCUGUUGCUAACAGUCGCUAGUAGAGAUCCGGGCUCAUCCAGGAGUUAGUUAGGUACUGUGAAAGUGUGAGAGAAAGCCAAUCCAAGCCAUGGACAAACUGCACGACUAUCAAGGAGUGGCGGGACGAUGGCACGAGCUCCGUUCGAACGUGAGCCAAUGGCGCAGCGAGUGGCGCGAGAGACAUCCGGGCGGUGUGCGGCAGUACCUGAAGGACACGAUACUGCAGGCCGGACCGUCGCACACAUCCGACCCGAUAGGCACGGAUACCGAGCACGGUGUGCGGACGGGCUGGAACGAAGGUGCGGUUGAUUUCUCGCACAUCUAUCGUCGCAAGACACGCCUGGAGCUGAUCCGCAUCUCGGCCGCCGUGAUGGGGAUCGAGUUUUCCUACGCCGCCGAGACGGCGUUCGUUUCGCCGACCCUGCUGAAGAUUGGCGUCGAGCAUCAGCACAUGACGCUGGUGUGGUGUCUGUCGCCGCUGGUCGGCUUUUUCCUAACGCCCGUGCUCGGUUCGCUCAGCGACCGGUGUCGCAGCAAGUUCGGCCGCCGAAGACCGUUCAUCAUGCUGCUGUCAUUGGGCGUACUGCUCGGGCUGCUGCUCGUCCCGAACGGAGAGGACGUUGGGUACGCGAUGGGCGACUUUAACCCGUACGCGGUCAACGUAACGGCUGGUGGCAACAGCACCGGCGAUAGUACGCCAGCGAGUCUGGUGUGGCAGGAACCGCUGGACACGAGCACGGUGGAUCCCGUAGUGUCCACCGUUAUCCCACCGACCAUCCCCGAACAUCGGCCCCGCCAUCCGUGGGGCAUCUUUUUCACCAUCCUCGGCACGGUGCUGCUCGACUUCGACGCGGACGCCUGCCAAAGCCCGGCCCGGGCGUUCCUGCUGGACGUGACCGUGCCGGAGGACCACGCCCGGGGCCUAUCCACCUUCACCAUCAUGGCCGGGUUGGGCGGGUUCAUGGGCUACUCGCUCGGUGGCAUCGACUGGGACAGCACCUCGCUCGGCAUCGUGCUCGGCGGGCACGUCCGGGCCGUCUUUUCGCUCAUCACCGUCAUCUUUAUCGUGUGCGUCCUCUGCACCGUGACGAGCUUCAGCGAGAUCCCGCUCUGGAUACUGGAGGAAGAGCUGGAACGGCAGGACCCGCCGGUGGAGGGGCGCUCGAACCGACUCGCCAGCGAGGAACCGGCCACGUACGGUGCCACACGGCAUGACCGCCGGUCCCAGCCGGAGGCAUCGCCGGCCAGCGCCAGCUACGACGAGCUGCCGGGCGAAAACUUCACCGAGACAAGCUUUAGCGGUCCGCCCGCCUCCAAAUCGCCCGCCAAUGGGGACGCCAACGUGGGCAGCAGUGUCAGGCGCAGCGUGGAUGAGAAUGGGCGCGAGACGCCCUGCGAGGAAGGCGACAAGCCGACCGUUACGCUCAGCAUGUAUCUGCUGUCGAUCGUCUAUAUGCCGCACUCGCUCCGGAUGGUCUGCCUGACGAACCUGUUCUGCUGGAUGGCACACGUCUGCUAUUCGCUCUACUUUACCGAUUUUGUCGGCGAGGCUGUGUUCGAUGGGGACCCAAAGGCACUCGACGGUACCGAAAAGUAUUUGCUGUACGAAGCGGGCGUCCGGUUCGGCUGCUGGGGCAUGGCCAUGUACUCGCUGUCCUGCGCCUGCUACUCCCUAAUCAUCGAACGGCUCAUCAAGCGCUUCCGGGCUAAGAGUGUCUACGUCGGCGGGCUGCUCUUCUACUGCCUGGGGAUGUCGCUGAUGGCCCUGUCGAAGCACCGUGUCGGGGUGAUCGUGUUUAGCUGGACUGCAGGCGUCAUGUAUUCCACCCUCUUUACCAUGCCAUAUCUGCUUGUCGCACACUACCAUUCGGAAGGUGUGUUUGAAGUAAAUGAAUGUGGCAUUGCAAAGCAGAGCACGGGUGCGAUCCGUGGACUCGGCACGGACGUGGCCAUCGUCAGCAGCAUGGUGUUUUUGGCCCAGUUUGUGCUGUCCAUCUGUAUGGGAUCGAUCGUGGCCUGGACCGGCACAACGACGGCCGUCGUUACGAUCGCCGCCAUGCUAAGCUUCUGCGGAGCCCUUUCCGCCACCCAAAUUAUGUAUCUGAAUUUGUGAAUGUUCAGACCCAGCGUGCAGCGAAUGAAAUGAGAGGAAAAAAAAGUAUUGCUUUCGUUUUAAGUGUAGACAUCUAUCCCAAGUACCAUGCAUCCUUAGCAACUUGUACGCCCUUCAACGUGGGUGUGUGUGUUAAUCUUUCUUGAAAGUUUUAGUCCAGACUCCUUUACUGCAUAGUUAUCUGCGAUGGUAAUUUGUGGUUCGUAUUUCAUAUUAACAUUUAUAAUGAAGCACAAGAAUCGUAUAAAAAAAAGGAAGCUGAAAACAGGGACAGAGCGUUCGUCCAGUUUGCUUGUGAGUACGUUAAUUUUCACUAGUAUUCCUUACAAAUGUCCACUUGCUGUUGAUAUAUGUAAUAUAAGUGUGUGAUGUAGGAGUUUCAUUACUAUACGAAUUUUGUUUAGCUUCUUUUGCCCAAAUAUUAUCAUAAUAUGUUAAAACAUUGCAUCUUUGCGAACGUUGUCUCCCUUCGGAAACUUCUCAUUUGGAAAUUAGAAUCGAAAGUUUAUAAAAAAGAUAAUUAGUUCUAGUUGCAUCCAUUUCGAUAUUAUUAAUGCGUUCAUUGUAGUGAUGGGUAAAGUUCGCAAACAUCCGGAGACGACUCCGAUCCGACUCCGAUAAAUUCGGAAUCGACUCCGGAAGGUAGGUCCGCGCUGCAAUAUC